AUGCUGUCAUCUGAGAUAACAGAGGAUAAGCUAUUGUAUAGAGAAACCAGGAGAAUUAAGGCCGGUGAAAUUGAGAGGUUUAAAAUUCAUUAUGUUUCGGAUAAAGAAGGUGAUAAAGCGAUGAAGGUUCCGAAAAGUCUUUGGGUUAAAGUCAAAAAUAUCGAGCUGAUUGCAUUUCGGGCAGCAUAUCUUGCAGGUCCAUAUGUUCUUUACGUUGAUUGUAAACCUGAAGAGUAUGACCCAAAUAAGAAAUGUUUUAUAACGGCAGACCAACCAGUGUUUGAACCACAGUUAUUACCAGCCCAAUCGUUCUAUGCGGAAUUAUCAUGCCAUACGAUCAAGGAUUCAUAUAAUUGGACAGUGGAUGUUAUAUCACAGAUUAUUUUCAACAAGACUAUAGACGUUAAUUUUGAAAUUACUAUCGGUACAUCUAAAAGUAUUCUACAUGAUGCAUCCUUAGCAGAAAAGCAUGUCAAAAAUAGUGACGAACGAGGGACCUUUGUACCUUCGACAAUUCUAAAUGUAGAAAAUCAUGAUACGUUGGAUUUGUGGAACUUGCCAUUGCCUGAUACAAAGAAACCUAUACAUUUGGUAAUAUUGACCCAUGGACUUCAUUCUAAUGUUAGUGUUGAUAUGCUAUAUCUAAAGGAACAAAUGGAUAAAGCAAAUAAUCAAGACAAUAUUGUUGUUAAAGGUUACUUUGGAAAUUUAGGUAAGACAGAAAGAGGAAUCAAAUAUUUAGGAAGUAGAGUGGCCGAAUAUAUUGUUGACUUGGUGACUAAGAAUGAGACUUACAAUAAAGGUAAAGUAGCAAAAAUAUCGUUCGUUGGACAUUCAUUGGGUGGAUUAGUACAAACUUUUGCAAUAGCGUAUUUGCAAAACAAUUUUGCAUGGUUUUUCAAGAGCAUUAAGCCUAUUAAUUUUAUCACGAUAGCCUCUCCUUUAUUAGGUGUCGUCAACGAGAAUCCGGCGUAUGUUAAAAUGGCGUUACUGGCUGGAGUGGUGGGUAAAACGGGUCAAGAAUUGGGUUUAAAGCUAAUAGAAAAUGAUUCAAAGCCCUUAUUACUAUUAUUGCCUACUGGGCCUACCCACAGAACACUUAAGAUGUUCGUACGAAGAACGGUAUAUGGUAACGUUGCCAAUGAUGGUAUAGUACCAUUAAGAACUUCUGCAUUAUUAUACCUAGAUUAUAAGGGAUUAACGCAAAUUUUGAAUAAUCCUGAUAUUAAGAAGAAAUAUACUGAUGACAACAGUACCACAGAUAAGAUUCCGGAUAAUAGCUCAUUGGAUGUUAAUGACGACUCGAAGUUACUGCUGUCAUUACAAGCCAUGUUUUCCUAUUUUAUGCCUCAAAAACAAAGGAAAAAGCCAGAUGUUCAAUAUCAAAGAUUUCAAACGAAGAAAGAAGGCAAGUCAAAUAAUACUUCAAACGAGGAUGAUGUCGAGGACAGUGAGAAUAAUAAUGAAUGUUAUGAAGAAUUACCUAAAUCUUCGUUUGUUGAAGCAGCAACCACUUUAAUAUUACCACCAUUGCCGUCUUUGAAAUAUAUAACUAACCCAGAAUCUCGUGACAAUGUUGUAGUUCAUGAUAAGGUUUACCAUGAAAGUGAUUUACCACCAAGAGAUCUGGCAUCCAAAUCACAGAUACAGACACUGACUAUAAAAAAGACACCAAUAGAUAAAGAUGAUGAAACAAGUUCAUCAAACAAUGACGAAAUGUCAAGUUCACAACAAUCAAGCUUACGUCAGAGGUUCAUGGAAUCUCUUGACGUUCAAAAUGUGGAACACAUAGAAGAAGAAAUUGCAAGGGAAUACCAUAAGAAUAUGAGCUGGAGAAAAGUAUUGGUUAAUUUGAAGCCUGAUGCUCACAAUAAUAUUAUCGUGAGAAGAAGAUUUGCUAAUGCUUAUGGUUGGCCAGUAAUUGACCAUAUAGUCAAAAAUCAUUUCAAAGAUGGAAUGGAUACUUCAGAUAAAUAUAUCAAGCCUGAUAGACCCAACGGUGUUUGCGGAGAUGACCCUAAUAUAGCAAGCUUUGAUUCGUUAGAUGCUGAAGUAGACCUUUCGGAUAUACUUUCAAGAGAUUUACUAACACAACAGAAUGAUGAUAUAGACAAAGAAAACCAGAACGAAGAAAUUGAAGGGGAACAUUGUGAACAUGGCUGGAUUAAUUCAAAGGAUAAUGCUGAAUCCCUAUUUGCUGUGGGACCUACGGGUCUUUUAUCUGAUGUGAGUGAAAUGGUUGGCAAUUUAAGAGAUCAAUGGUAUAAUUAUAAUGGUAAUAGUAAAGAACCCAAACGAAAUGUAUCUGAAGGUAUUGAAUCCAAUACAGAUACAACGCCUAACGAUCCAGAAAGAGAAAUACCUGAUGAAAUCAAUGAUGGUGAUUUAGGAUUAUCGAAACUGUUGAUGGGCAAUUUCAUCUAG